AUGCCAAUCGGCCGGAAAGUUCUGACGUGGGCCGUUUUGACGGCGGUUAUGGCCGUCCUGGUCGUUUUCGUCGGGCCAACCCUCAUCGGACCGGAGAAUAUAGUGGGCUCAAAAAACGUCCUAACUACGGCGAGGAUGAUCCCGCUCCCCGUUGAUGGACCUGAGAGCCUAGACUGGGACCCACAAGGAGGAGGCCCGUACGUCGGCGUCACAGACGGCCGCAUCCUCAAGUGGAGCGGUGAAGAUCUUGGAUGGGUUGAAUUCGCCUACGCAUCUCCCCACAGAGGGAACUGUUUAAGCAAUAAGGUGGAACCUGCGUGUGGGAGACCUUUGGGACUUAGCUUCGAGAAGAAAACGGGAGAUUUGUACUUUUGUGACGGUUACUUAGGGGUAAUGAGGGUGGGACCUAAAGGAGGAUUGGCAGAGAAGGUCGUUGACGAGGUCGAUGGUCAGAAAGUUAUGUUUGCGAACCAAAUGGAUAUAGACGAAGAAGAGGAUGCUAUCUACUUCAACGAUAGCAGCGACACCUAUCAUUUCGGGGAUGUAUUCUAUGCGUUUCUGUGCGGCGAGAAGACGGGAAGAACGAUUCGAUACGAUAAGAAAACAAAAAAGGCCAAGGUUGUAAUGGACCAUCUUCAUUUCCCUAAUGGUCUUGCCUUAAGCAAAGAAGGUUCGUUUGUGCUUUCCUGCGAGGUCCCAACGCAACUUGUGCAUCGAUAUUGGGCCAAGGAACCAAAAGCCGGUACCCGAGACAUAUUUUCAAAGCUCCCUGGCUACGCUGAUAACAUCAGAAGAACCGAGACAUGGGAUUUCUGGGUUGCCUUGCAUUCCAAGAAAACUCCAUUUUCUAGGUUUUCAUUGAUGCAUUCGUCGAUCGGGAAAUUCUUCAUGAAGACGUUGAAAAUGGAGCUGUUGGUUUUCCUCUUUGAGGGAGGGAAGCCGCAUGCCGUCGCCGUGAAACUCUGUGGCGAGACCGGUGAGGUCUUGGAGAUUCUUGAGGAUAGUGAAGGGAAGAAUAUGAAGUUCGUAAGUGAGGUUCAAGAGAGAAAUGAUAAGCUCUGGUUUGGGUCUGUGUUUCUGCCUUCCGUUUGGGUUCUCGAUCGUUGGUGA